AGGGGACUCACACUGAGCUCAAAGGCUAAACAGGCACAAAAUGAAACCAAAAAGAGUGCGAGCACUGUGUCCUUCAACUUCUCUUUUAGAGGUCUAAAGCUACAAAAACAGAAGACAUGGCUCAUCGGAGAAGUCUGACAAUAGUGGACAAUUUCUCUUGCUCCAUAUGUUUGGAUGUCUUCACUGAGCCUGUAGGGAUUCCCUGUGGUCACACCUUCUGCAGUGCCUGCAUCACAGGCCACUGGGACACCAGUAAACCUGUAUUCCACUGUCCACUGUGUAAAAAGGAGUACUUGAAGAUACCAGAUCUCUGUGUAAACACGGUCAUCGCUGAUAUGGUUGAAAAGGUGAAAAAGGUCAGUCAAGAAGAACCUCAUGACACCCCUGAUCAAGCAGGAAGUGGAUACAUGCUCUGUGGUAUCUGUACAGAAAAGAAGCAGUUAGCCACCAAGUCUUGCUUAACAUGUUUCAUGUCUUACUGUAAAGCACAUCUGGAGCCUCAUCAGAGAGUUUUAACCUUAAAGAAACACAAGCUGAUUAACCCUGUCGAGGACCUCGAGAGCAGGAUCUGCAAGGAGCAUGGUGAGCCUUUAGAGCUGUUUUGCAAGAAGGAUUUCCUGCUUCUAUGUGAGGCCUGUGUAGACAGUGACCAUAAAAAACACAAGGUGGUGAAUGUGGAGGUGGAGGCUGAAAUGAGGAAGGACCAGCUGGGACUAGAAAAGAAGGACAUAGAUCAGAUGUUCCAGGCGCAUCAGCAGAAGCUCCAAGAGAUCCAACACUCAGUGGAGGCCAGCAGGAAGAAUAAAAAGAAAGCACUGGAAUACAGCAACCCUGUAAUGACUGAACUGGUGGACUACAUCAGGAGAAGCCAAGCUGAGCUUAACGAGGUAAUUCAGAGGAAGCAGAAAAAGAUUGAAAAAGAGGGGGAGGGCUUCAUUAAAGAACUGGAGGAAGAAAUGGUCCAAAUAAGGCAGAAAAACUCAGAGCUUGAUCAGGUCUGUGGCAUCGACGACCCCUUUGAAUUCCUUGAGCAUGCCCUUUCUCUUACUUUCACUCCACCACUGGUUAAGGACUGGUCUGAGGUGACUCUUAACAGUGACCAGUUCACUGUGCAGGAAACCUUGGUGAAGCUGGAGACAACAGUGAUGAGAGAGAUCAGGCUGCUGUGUGAUCCUGACUUGAAGAGAAUGCAGCAUUAUGCUGUGGAUCUGACUCUGGAUCCUGAGACAGCACACCCUGCCCUCAUCAUUUCUGAGGACGGGAAAGAGGUCAAGUGUGGAGACAAGAAGAGGAACGUCGGAGACAAGCCAGAGAGGUUCGAUCAUGUCCUUAACGUCCUUGCCAAAGAGAGUUUCAACUCUGGGAAGUUCUACUUUGAAGUCCAGGUACAAGGGAAAACACAGUGGGAUCUAGGAGUGGUAAACGAGUCCAUCAACAGGAAGGGUGAUAUCAGAGUGAGCCCCAAGAGUGGAUACUGGACCAUUUGGCUGAGAAAAGGAAAUGAGUUCACAGCCAAUGCUGGGCCUGCGAUCAACCUCCAUGUGAGGGACACACCUCAAAAGGUGGGGGUGUUUGUUGAUUAUGAAGAAGCACAAGUUUCUUUCUACGAUGUUGACUCCAGGGCUCACAUCUUCUCCUUCACUGGAUGUAACUUCACUGAGAAACUUUAUCCAUACUUUGGCCCCUGUGCUAUUGAGAGUGGCAAAAAAUCAGCCCCACUGAUCAUCACUCCCGUCAAUUGCAGCAGAUGAGUUUUGUUUUUUUGUUUUUGUUUUUUUUUGGGGGGGGGGGAGGGGGGGGUCGUUGUAAAAGAAAGGGUGAGGACUCAGGGUUAGUGUGAGUAAGAGUAAUGAAACUGCAGUGUGUCAUUUUUUUUUCUCUCAUCCAUCAGUGUCAGCUGAUGCUACUAUGAGCCACCUGUCGUAAAGACAACCGUUUACAGAGCAGAGGAAUGUCAAGGCUGCUUGUUUGCUUUAUAGAACCUAGUGUCUUUAAUUUUGAAUGCUGUAUGUAUCUAUGUCAUACACAUUUAUGCUCAAACCUGACCGUUAGUAAAUGUGUCCCUGUUCUCUUUUCUAAUUUUUCUUUUUUCUUCUUGAAUGUUAAUGUGUCAUGAUAAAAUCAGAGCUGAGAGAAACAGUGGACGUUUUGGGACUCAAAUCUUGUACUGUAUCUACAUUAAGUUUUCAUAAUAAGCAACUUUUUUCCAUUGAUAAUCAUGUAAAGUUGUAUUUGGAGACUUCAGUUGAGAUCUGGGAGAUUUCAGAGUUCUAUUUUAGCUUUAUUGCACAGCUUUUUUCAAUGACUAGAGAAGUUUUGUUGUUACAAGAAUGCAGCCACAGUAUGUGCACUACACUCUUGUUUGGUACAUUGCACAAAAAAGAUGACUAGUCUCUAGUUUAACUGAACUGUUACUAGUGUGAAAAAAGAAUAAAGGUGACUUAUAAGGAU